UGAAGAUUGGCUUGUGGUGUCCAGAGAAUGGCGCGGUUCGGAGACGAGGUACCAGCCAGGUACGGCGGAGGGGCCGGCGGAGGGGGCCCAGGCGGUCGCGGUGUUGGCAGACAAGGAGGACCCCACGGCCACGGUCACGGUCACGGUCAUGGGCAUGGCCAUGGCCACGGUGCUCCGGGAGGGCCAGGGGCCCAGAGAAUGUACAAGCAGUCUAUGGCGCAGAGAGCCCGGACUAUGGCCCUCUAUAACCCCAUCCCAGUGCGCCAGAACUGUUUCACCGUCAACCGCUCGCUGUUCAUCUUCAGCGAGGACAACUUCGUGAGAAAAUACGCCAAAAAGAUCACCGAAUGGCCUCCAUUUGAGUGGAUGAUCCUAGCCACCAUCAUUGCCAACUGCAUUGUCCUGGCCCUGGAGCAGCAUCUGCCUGAUGGGGACAAGACACCCCUCUCUGAACGCCUGGAUGACACAGAGCCCUACUUCAUAGGGAUCUUCUGUUUUGAGUCCGGUAUAAAGAUCCUGGCACUGGGCUUUGCCUUCCAUAAGAACUCCUACCUGAGGAACGGAUGGAACGUCAUGGACUUUGUUGUAGUGCUCACUGGGAUCCUCUCCACGGUGGGUUCAGACUUUGACCUGCGAACAUUAAGAGCAGUGAGAGUGUUGAGGCCCCUCAAACUGGUGUCUGGUAUUCCCAGCUUGCAGGUGGUGCUCAAAUCCAUCAUGAAGGCCAUGAUUCCCCUACUGCAGAUCGGCCUGUUGCUCUUCUUCGCCAUCCUCAUGUUUGCCAUCAUUGGCCUGGAGUUUUACAUGGGCAAAUUCCACACCACCUGCUUUGACAAUCAUACAGGCGAGAUCCGGGAAGAGUUUCCAUGUGGAACAGAGGCUCCAUCACGGUUGUGUCCGGACGGCACCACGUGUAGACAGUACUGGCUGGGGCCCAACUAUGGAAUCACCCAGUUUGACAACAUUCUGUUCGCUGUUCUUACCGUCUUCCAGUGUAUCACCAUGGAGGGCUGGACUGAUCUUCUCUACUAUAGCAACGAUGCCUCAGGGAGUGCAUGGAACUGGAUGUACUUCAUCCCCCUCAUUAUCAUUGGCUCCUUCUUCAUGCUCAACCUGGUGCUGGGUGUAUUGUCAGGGGAGUUUGCCAAAGAGAGAGAGCGUGUGGAGAACAGGAGUGAGUUCCUGAAGCUUCGAAGACAGCAGCAGAUUGAAAGGGAGCUCAAUGGCUACCUGGAGUGGAUCUGUAAAGCAGAAGAGGUCAUUUUGGCGGAUGAUGAAAAUGAUGGAGACUAUGACGGCUCCCGUAGAAGAGCCACAAAGAAUCAUAAGAACAAAGCUGAGCUUCUCAACCCUGAGGAAGGGGAGGGAGACCUGGCAGUGGGGUCACCAUUUGCCCGUGCCAGCUUGAAGAGCUCCAAGCUUGAGGGUUCAAAUUUCAACCGGCGGGAACGACGGCUUCGCUUCUUCAUCCGACACAUUGUGAAGACGCAGGCCUUCUACUGGACCGUACUGUGUUUGGUGGGACUCAACACGCUGUGUGUGGCUGUGGUGCACUACAACCAGCCCGAACCCCUCUCUGAUUUUCUAUAUUAUGCUGAAUUCAUCUUCCUGGGGAUCUUCCUGUCGGAGAUGUUUAUAAAGAUGUAUGGCCUGGGCAGGCAGGCCUACCUCAACUCCUCCUUCAACUGCUUCGACUGCAUUGUGAUCUGUGGAAGUAUAUUUGAAGUGCUGUGGUCCAUCAUCCAGCCAGGCACAUCAUUUGGCAUCAGCGUGCUACGAGCUCUCAGGUUAUUGAGGAUCUUUAAAGUCACCAAGUACUGGGCAUCUUUGCGUAACCUUGUCGUCUCUCUGCUCAACUCCAUGAAGUCCAUCAUCAGCUUGCUCUUCCUCCUCUUCCUCUUCAUUGUUGUGUUUGCCCUGCUGGGCAUGCAGCUCUUCGGAGGACAGUUUAAUUUUGAAAAUGGCACUCCUCCGACCAACUUCGAUACCUUCCCCGCAGCAAUAAUGACAGUGUUCCAGAUCCUGACGGGCGAGGACUGGAACAUGGUAAUGUAUGAUGGCAUCAAGUCUCAGGGGGGAGUCAACAAGGGCAUGGCCUUCUCUGUCUUCUUCAUCGUGCUGACACUUAUCGGCAACUACACUCUGCUGAAUGUGUUCUUGGCUAUCGCUGUGGACAAUUUGGCCAACGCACAGGAAUUGACAAAGGAUGAGCAGGAGGAAGAGGAGGCUGCCAGUCAGAAGAUCGCUCUACAGAAGGCCAAGGAGGUGGCUGAGGUCAGCCCCUUGUCUGCUGCCAACCUCUCCAUCGCAGCCAACAAAGUACACAGUGAGCGUCACAACGCUACCGACCCCUUUCUGGACUGUAAGGAGCAGCAGAAGAACCACAACAAAGCGGGAAAUAAGUCAGUGUGGGAGCAACGCACCAAGGAGCUGCGGAAGCAGACUUUGGCAUCCAGCCGCGAGGCCCUCUAUAACGAACUGGACGCUGAUGACCGCUGGAAGGCAAGGACAGGGAGGGAGGAGUACAACACUUUAAAGAACAAGGUCAACUUUUCACGACACAUCCGUCCAGACAUGAAGACCCACCUGGAUCGUCCCUUGGUGGUCGACCCCCAUGAGAACCGCAACAACAACACCAACAAAACCACUGCCAAUAACUCAGACCUCCGCUUCAGCCAGCAGCACACUGCUGGUGAUCUUCACAGGCAGACAUGCCUCAAUGAACGCAGUGGUAAAGUAGGAGGAGGUGGAGGAGGAGGAUCGGGUCCAGGCAGGCCUCCGCUGGAGCGGGGUGAGUCCACGGAGAGCAGGCGGAGCCGCAAAGGUGAGCACCAUCACCACACUUCCCACACCCGACUCGACGCUACAGUGAUCCCUGGGUCCGGCACGGAGGAGAGGCCCCCCAGAAAGCACCACCACACCCGCAGCAGCAGUCGAGGUGGAGGGCAGCCAGAGCACAGGAAGCCCAGGACACAUCGGAGGAACACAGAGGAUGAGAAUGGUGGGGGUGGAGGAGGAGGAGCGGGGAAGCACAGCAGCAAGGGGUUGGACGGAGGUGGAGAAGGAGGAGAGCAGGAGGGAGGUGGUGAAGGCGGCGAGAGGAGGCCAAGGCGUAAUCGCUACAGCAACCAGUUGGAAGGCGAGGGAAGGAAGAUCUGCCAGCACCGAAGGAAAGAUGGCAGUGGCCCGAACCUAUCCACCACCCGACCCAUCCAGAAGAGUCUCUCUCGUCAGGACAGCCAGUAUAGCGAAGAUAUGGACAACCUCAUGAAUACCAAAUUGGUCUCUGUGUCUACUCCACCCAGCGAAGGACAUCCCAACCCGAUCACCAACCACACUCCAGCCCCUGGCUUUGGAUCAGCCUUAAAUCUUGCUAAUAGCAGCACUCACAGGAGUUUGGUAGGGUUAGAUAGCUACAGGAAUAUAAGCCACCACCGCACUAACAGCAUAAUUCAGCUGCCCCACCCAGAUUACACAGCUGUGGAUAUGCCCAUUUUUCCAUCCACCAAUGCCAUACUACAGGUCAAUAAAAAUGCUAACACAGAACCUCUGCCAAAGAAGGAGGAUAAGGACGAUGAUGAUGAUGAGAAGGGAGGCGAUGGAGGCCCAAGACCCAUGCCUCCCUUCACUUCCAUGUUCAUCCUGUCCACCACUAACCCGUUUCGGCGGGCGUGUCACUACAUAUGCACGCUACGUUAUUUUGAGAUGUGUAUCCUGCUGGUCAUUGCCAUGAGCAGUAUUGCCCUGGCUGCUGAGGACCCUGUCUGGCCUGAUUCCCCCCGCAACAACGUUCUGCGCUACUUUGACUAUGUCUUCACAGGAGUGUUCACUUUUGAGAUGCUAAUAAAGAUGGUGGAUUUGGGGUUGGUCUUGCAUCAAGGCUCCUAUUUUCGGGACUUGUGGAACAUCCUGGACUUUAUAGUGGUUAGUGGUGCUCUGGUGGCCUUCGCCUUCACCGGCAGCGGGGGGAGCAGUAAAGGGAAAGAUAUCAGCACAAUAAAGUCUCUGAGGGUACUGAGGGUGUUACGACCUCUGAAGACCAUUAAACGUCUUCCCAAGCUCAAGGCUGUAUUCGACUGUGUGGUGAACUCCCUGAAGAAUGUGCUCAACAUCUUGAUUGUCUACAUGCUCUUCAUGUUCAUCUUUGCUGUGGUGGCUGUGCAGCUUUUCAAGGGACGCUUCUUUUACUGCACUGAUGAAUCCAAAGAAUAUGAACGCGACUGCAGGGGCGAGUAUCUAGUCUAUGAACGCGAUAACGAAGUGAAGGCGCAGAAGCGGGAGUGGAAGAAGUACGAUUUCCACUACGACAACGUGGCUUGGGCUCUUCUCACUCUCUUCACCGUGUCUACUGGAGAGGGGUGGCCGCAAGUGCUGAAGCAUUCAGUCGAUGCGACUUACGAGAACCAGGGCCCGAGCCCGGGGUACCGGAUGGAGAUGUCCAUCUUUUACGUGGUGUACUUCGUGGUCUUCCCCUUCUUCUUCGUCAACAUCUUUGUUGCUCUCAUUAUCAUCACCUUCCAGGAGCAAGGGGACAAAAUGAUGGAGGACUACAGCUUAGAAAAAAAUGAGAGAGCCUGUAUAGACUUUGCUAUCAACGCCAAGCCUCUGACGCGCCACAUGCCGCAGAACAAGCAGAGCUUUCAGUAUCGCAUGUGGGAGUUUGUGGUGUCGCCGCCAUUUGAGUAUACUAUCAUGGCAAUGAUAGCACUCAACACUAUUGUACUCAUGAUGAAGUAUGACGGAGCAUCUGACACCUAUGAAGAUGUGUUAGCCAACCUGAAUAUAGUGUUUACAUCCCUCUUCUCCAUGGAGUGUGUACUCAAGAUCAUUGCCUUUGGAGCACUGAAUUAUUUCAAAGACGCCUGGAACAUUUUUGACUGUGUGACAGUUCUGGGCAGCAUCACUGACAUCCUGGUUACUGAGCUUGGGAUGAAUAAUUUCAUCAACCUGAGUUUCCUGAGGCUGUUCAGGGCAGCUCGCCUCAUCAAGCUUCUGAGACAGGGAGAAACCAUCCGCAUCCUCCUCUGGACCUUUGUCCAGUCCUUCAAGGCAUUGCCUUAUGUCUGCCUCCUCAUUGCCAUGCUGUUCUUCAUCUACGCCAUCAUUGGGAUGCAGCUGUUUGGGAAUAUUGGGUUCGAGGAAGAUGGGGAGAGUGCCAUCAAUGAACACAACAACUUCAGGACCUUCAUCCAGGCUCUUAUGCUUCUCUUCAGGAGUGCAACAGGAGAGGCAUGGCAUGAGAUCAUGCUGGCGUGUCUUGGGGGUAAGGACUGCGUCAGCAAGUCAGGGAAUGGGGAGGGCGAGUGUGGCAGCCAGUUCGCCUACCUCUACUUUGUCUCCUUCAUCUUCUUCUGUUCCUUCCUGAUGCUGAACCUGUUUGUAGCUGUUAUCAUGGACAACUUUGAGUACCUGACUAGAGAUUCUUCUAUACUGGGACCUCACCACCUGGAUGAGUAUGUCAGGAUAUGGGCCGAGUAUGACCCUGCUGCCUGCGGGCGCAUUCAUUAUAAGGACAUGUACAGUUUAUUACGAGUUAUCGACCCGCCUCUCGGCUUAGGCAAGAAAUGCCCCCAUAGGGUGGCCUGCAAGAGACUGCUGCGGAUGGACCUGCCUGUUGCCGAUGACAAUACGGUCCACUUCAAUUCCACCCUCAUGGCCCUGAUCCGCACGGCGCUGGACAUCAAGAUCGCCAAGGGUGGUGUGGACAAGCACCAGAUGGAUGCGGAGCUGAGGAAAGAGAUGAUGGCAAUCUGGCCCAAUCUCUCACAAAAGACUCUGGACUUGCUGGUUACGCCGCACAAGUCAGCCACAGACCUGACAGUGGGGAAAAUCUACGCUGCCAUGAUGAUCAUGGAGUACUACCGGCAGAGCAAGAUCAAGCGCUCACAGGCGCUCCGGGACGAGCAGAAUCGAACGCCAUUACUGUUUCAGCGCGUGGAGCCACCCUCCCCCACCCAGGAUGGGGGUCCGGGACUCAACAAUGCCCUCCCUCCGCCAGAGACAACCGAACCCGUCAACAACUUGCCGGUGGAGGGAGGAGUCCCGGAGAGCCAAUCAUGGGUGACGGCACGAGCUCAGGAGAUGUCCCAGAAGGUUGGCAGCUGGAGCCCUGAGGGGCACCCUGAGGAUGGCCUGGGAAGCUUGACCAACUCUCAGACGGUAGAGAUGAGAGAGAUGGGGCAGGACGGUUACUCGGAUACCGAGCACUUUCCACCAAUGGAAGGCCACGGCAGGGCCGCUUCCAUGCCCCGCCUCCCAGGCGACAACCAACAGCGGAGGAAAGGGAGGCAUCGUGGCAAUAACCUCAGUACCAUCGCUGACAACAGUCCCAUGAAGCGCUCAGCCUCAUCCCUAGGCCACAGCAGGUCUGGGAGGGGCCACAGAGAAAAAGGAGGGCCAGACGACUACACCAUGGAGCGUGUCAUACCUGAGGAGGGCAGAGUCUCCAGACACGGGCACCGGCGAAAAGACCGGAGUCACCGGGCCUCUGAGAGGUCCCUCUGUCGCUACACAGAGGCAGACACAGGCCUGGGCACAGACCUGAGCACCACCACACAGUCUGGUGAUCUCACGUCCAAGGACAAGGAGCGUGACAGAGAUCGUGGCCGAUCCAAAGACCGCAAGCACCACCACCAUCACCACCACCACCAUGGCUCUGUGGACAAGGAGCGCUAUGUACCAGAACGAGGCGGAGAGUACGGACACAGGCACUCCCGAGAAAGAGACCAUGACCGGGAGAGAGAGAGGGAGAGGGAACGGGACCGGCGCUGGUCACGAUCGCCCAGCGAGGGUCGAGAAUGUAUAACACACAGACAGGGCAGUAGUUCGGUGAGCGGAAGUCCUGUCCCCUCAACCUCGGGGACCAGUACGCCACGCCGGGGUCGUCGACAGUUGCCUCAGACCCCUGCAACACCCCGGCCCCAUGUCACUUACUCCCCUGUGGUCCGUAAGGCCAUGGCCACACCACCUGGGGGGCCACAGUGCCGACCCCCAGCCCCGGCCCCCCGCCGCUUUUCCCCCGAGCCUCCCCAAGGCCAGGGGCCUCCCCCUGCUGGCCCCCCGCCGCCUCACCAUGGCUCACCCCGCCAGGGCCGCCAUCCACCACCUCGCUGGGGGGAUACAGGAGGAGGAGGGGGCUCCAUCGAAGGGGAUGGCUGUUUCUACAACCAAGACUAUGAGCCACACCAUGAACCGCCUGCCUACGAGCCCAGCCCCAUGCAGGGCGGCAACCCUCACCCCCACCCCCUGGCCAGCCACCCACUGCCGCCUCCCCCUCAACCACAGCUGCAUAACCCCCAUCCCCUGCCUCCCCCCCAGCCACACCCUGUUAACAACCCCCACCCUCAUCCCCCAGCCCACCCCCACCCCACACGCACCUCACCCAGGACUGCCCGACAUGCGCCCCCUCCCAGCACUGCCCUGACUGGGCCAGGACAGGGUCAGGUACAGCCUCCUGCUCAGCGUCGCCUCCCUAAUGGCUAUCGCGCUUCCUCGCCUUCCACACUCCUCCACGGACCCCCGCAUACUGGGCCUCAUAAGAUUGCUCCACCAGGAGCCCAUCCCAGAGGGCCCCGCAAGGGCCUGCAUGAACCCUACAGCGAGACUGAGGACGACGACUGGUGCUAGCCUCUGGGGAGCGGGGAGGGAGGGAAGGAGGAAAAAGCACUGAUAGAUAGACAGAGGGAUUAAGAUGGGAAGCCCUGUGCAAGAGCAUUGACUGCCAAGGGGAGCCAUGACUCUUUCUUACUUCUCUAUUCAUUUUUUUUUUCCUUUCCUCUGCUGCUUGACACGUCUUAGGGAUGCUGGGCUAAAAGAAGGGGGUGGGGGGGUGUCGGGAUGGAGCAGGAGUGCUGAGGCAGGAUGGGUCGGUGGAGAAACAAGUGGGUGAGGAGCAGUAAACAACCCACUAUGUUCUCCUUGCAUUAUUGUAUGGUUGGAGUACUGGUCUCCUUUUGCAAAAGGAGGCAAACCUCAGACUCUAGUUUUUGUUUGGUUUUGUUUUUGUUUUUUAAGAAUGCAGGCAGAAGGGGUGAGCGACACUAGUCUUUGUGUGUCUUAAAUCAUGCCUCUGGCACCGAGCUACAGCCACUUACCAAGAUGUCAAGAGUUGCGACUCGACAAAAGACACUUUACAGUCAGAGACAGAGAAGAACAACCACUUUUUUGCUUCUCAGAACUAACUUAUGUUAUGUUAGUUGCAAAAAGAAUAAAAUCCAAUCUUCCCCACCAGUGGGAUAUUGAUGAGUUUUAUCAUCUUUGUUUACUCUUAAAUAAGGACAGUACUGACAAUGAGCCCUCCACCUGUAUGUGGUGAGAAGGCUAAGUGGGUGGGAGAGUGGGGUAUGUGUGUGUGUGGGAGGAGACAAGUCAUCAGUCAAACAGCAGGAAAAGAGGCAUGAACUCGGGAAGUUUACCUCUGUCACUGGAAAAAUAUCCCCCCUCCCAUAUACAAACAAUGUAACCAACCUCGACCUAUGAAAAAGGAAACACAAAAAAAGUGGAUGGGGGGUUCAGAAACAAGAACAAACAAAACAGUAACUUUUCUGCAGUAUUUCUUCUACUCCUGCAGCUGCUUCUUCUUCCUCCUCCUCUUCUACUUCUUCAAAACAUUGAAGCUUGAAUCUUCUGUUGCACCCCACGCAGCUUCGUUUUUUAGACUUGCGGAGUUGUGCACCCUGUGGAAUCCUGCAUGAAUGAUACAAAAAAUAAUAAUAAUAACAAUGAGAAUCUACUGUAUGUUGGGGGAAAUGAUUCCUUGGUCUUUUCUGUUGUGGUCUGUGAGGUUUCUCUCUCUUUGGUAAAAAAUGCCUUUCUUUUUCUCUCUCUCUCCCCUCCCUCUGACAUCCCUCUCUCUGUACCUUCAUUUAUGCUCAAAUCAAGUGAGAGAAGGCCAUGGAGAGAAUGGAUUGAGAUACAUGCCAAGAAGGGACAAAAUGAUUGCUUUUUGCUGGCUAGUUUGUAUGUUCUGUGCCAAAUGCUUGCCACCAGUACAGUUGGGUUUGGUCAUUUUUGAGGAAGUCCAUAUUUUUUUGUAACUGUUUCCAAGGCAACGAUCUUAAA